CAGCAGUCCAUUUGUUCUAAAGUUUUCGUGCCUGAAGGAGCUGGUGAACCGCCAGAGGGAUGGCAUCCAGUGGACGGAUUCGACAAGGACUCGCCAUUCUAUUUGAACUAUAUGGUAGCCACCAUUUCCGAGUGGACAACGGCUCUUGCCAUGCAGAUAUUCGUCCUAUCAUUUGUCGUGGAGUUACAAAACGCCUAUGCUCAUGCUCCACGAGUGAUCUUCAGGCGAAAUUCCCAAGAUUGCUCUGAGUUGGAGACGCGUCAAACAAAGAUCUCUCACGAUCUGCUUGCUGUGUAUCCUCUCUGA